AUGGUAUGGGCAAAGACCACAGAGGUAAUGAAGGAAUUUGUGGAAUACAUGCACGAGGAUAAUAUAAUAUUGUAUGCAUCGAAUUGUGAUAACACAGGAUGGGAGCACUACGCGUAUGAGCGCGGUGAACAAUUAGUAACACAGAAAGUCGGAGAUAGAAUUGUAUGCGUACUUAUGGCAGGGGCCUUAUUUUUCAUGAAUUGGGGGAGUCAUGCACACCCGGUUAGCGAACAGGAGGAUGAUACCAGUGCAAAAAUAACGGAGCACUUACGAUGUAUAAUAGCACAUAUGUUCAGCGAAGUAUUAAACGAAUCUGUGUGCAGGAGUAGGUGGGGAAUAUUUUAUGCAUGGUACUCGAUGCAACAAUUAGGAGCGGAAGACGGUUUUAAGGGGGGCUUAAUACAGCAGCGGAAAUGUGGUAAAGACAUAUUUCCGAAUGGGAACAUAGGGAAGAUUGAGUUAAAUGCAAAAGUGAAGAAAUGGUUAGCGGAAGACAGCAGACUGAAGAGACGGCUUCAAAAAGUGAAGGCAACUAACACAUGUCGGACACCAUGGCAGCAGGGAUGGAAAAUAGCGGAAUUCUUGGAUAAAGAGCAUACGAAGCAUAAGGACGACUUAGGAAUUACUCAGAUAGUCCAUGAAUUGAAGGAAGGCAUGAAGGACAUAUUUAAGGAAAUCGCGACACAGGUGGAGCAAGGCAUACAAAAAAGGGAAGAAGCGAACACGGGGAAGUCAGCGAACGAUGGCAAAAACGGGCAGACCGCCAUCACGGCGGCGACCACACCACCGGCACCGACAGGUGGGGAAAAGGAGAAGAAGAAUGAAGACAGCAGUAACAGGGAGGUAGUCACGAAGAAAUCAGAAGUACCACCAGCUACGGUACCAGAGGUACCAAAAAAGGAUGUUCCUGAGAAGAAACCUUCGGAGGGAGGUGCUGGGUCAGAUGACAGGUCCAGGUCCGAGGACCCACCAGCAGGACCCGUACCACAAGCCCCACCUCCGCCACAACCUGAUGUGGAGGACAAGGGUAAAUCAUCGUCAUCAGCAUCCCCCUCCUCACCGGAUGAAACAGCGACCCCUGCAGGAACUCCAGGAGCAGGCACUGAACCGACACAGAAUUUAGAGAUACCUGAAGGCCAGGCCUCUAAUGGCCAGGAUGAUUCUUCCAAAACGAACACCACCGGUGUUGAUAAUACCCAUACUGACACAACAAAAGUUGUAGAUCCGGCACCAGUAACUACUGGUAACGGUUCCUCAGCCUCCGGUGGCAGUAAGCCUGAUCCACCGCUGGCCGACAAUACUGCUAAGGAUGAUAAAGCCCAUGAUGGGCAUACUGCCGCAUCCUCUCCCACGACACAACCAUCUCAAGAGUCCCAGCCCCCCAAGGCACCAGUUACCUCCACUGAUCCUGAUCAACAUGGUCACACACAUGACACAGGUUCCUCUGGUGCAGCUGGUCCUACGGGUCCAGGUUCUACUGGUACUGGCUCCACGGGCACUACGAAUCCACGUUCCUCCGGUACUGGUUCUACUGGUCACCAACCCCCUAGUCCUGUUCCUUCCCCCGGACGCAACAAUGUACAAAGCACUGGUUCCAAUGGAACAAAUGCGAACAAGGACCCUGGUUUAGAUUUAGACUUUAAACCACAUGCAGAUGGUAUCGGGGGAGCAUAUGGACCAAACGCUGCGCCCAUUGAUCCACAUAGGACAGUUAUAAGUGAACAUCCACCUAAGGGUCCCGGAGGUCCCGAUGGCCCCGACCUAACCGCGGACGUCCUUACCGCCACUACUCCGAUCCUGUUGUUCGUCGCUUCCGUCAUCGUGGCCGUUCUUGGUUAUUCCCUUUGGAAGCCCCCUAAACUUUUAAACAUGCGAAUAUUAAACCCUUAG